GCGGCGGCUCCACAAGAUGGUGCGGCGGCUUGUGCCGGAUUGCAACGUGCGUUUCCUGCGCUCGGAGGACGGAAGUGGGAAGGGAGCGGCCAUGGUGACAGCAGUGGCGUUUCGGCUGGCUAUCCAGCAUGCCGGGCGGCAGCGUAUCCUGGACGCUCUGCGUCUGAGCCAGGAGCAGCUGCUGGACGUGAAAAGGAGGAUGGGAGAGGAGAUGAACAGAGGCUUGGCCAAGGAGAGUCAUGACCAAGCCACCGUCAAGAUGCUACCCACCUUUGUUCGCUCCAUGCCCGACGGCACAGAAAACGGUGAAUUCUUGGCCCUGGACUUGGGAGGAACCAACUUCCGGGUACUGCUGGUGCGUGUGCGGUGCGGGAAGAGACGCAGUGUGGAGAUGCACAACAAGAUCUACUCCAUUCCCCAGGAGGCCAUGCAGGGCACUGGAGAGGAGCUGUUUGACCACAUAGUGCACUGCAUUGCUGACUUCCUGGAGUACAUGGGUAUGAAAGGAGCGUCCUUGCCCCUCGGCUUCACCUUCUCCUUCCCGUGCCAUCAGAGCAAACUGGACCAGGGCAUCCUGCUAAAGUGGACCAAGGGUUUCAAAGCUACUGGCUGCGAGGGGGAGGAUGUUGUCACUCUACUGAAGGAUGCUAUCUACCGCAGAGAGGAGUUUGACCUGGACGUGGUUGCCGUGGUGAAUGAUACGGUGGGCACCAUGAUGACAUGUGGCUACGAGGACCCACUGUGUGAGGUGGGCCUCAUCGUAGGUACUGGCACCAACGUGUGCUACAUGGAGGAGAUGCAGAACAUGGAGCUGGUGGAUGGGAGCGAAGGGAAGAUGUGUGUUAACAUGGAGUGGGGGGCGUUCGGGGACCACGGAGAGCUGGACAAAUUCAGCACAGACUUCGACAAAGCCGUGGAUGAGCACUCCGCCAACCCUGGCAAACAGACGUAGACUAUUACUGUUUGUUUGCAGUUGUGUUAUAAUUAAGCAAUAAGGCCAGAGGGGGUAUGGUAUAUGGCCAAUAUACCAUGGCUAAGGCUUUCAGCCAAUCAGCAUUCAGGGCUUGAUCCACCCAGUUUAUAAUAAAGAAAGAACACCCUUAGUUGAGGUGUUGACUUACAAAGGAUGAACUGAACAAAGAAAGGAGUUUGUAACUUUAUCUCCUUCUUGUGAGUGUAUUGGAUUUAUUAUUUACUGUUUUUUCAAGUUGAUGUAUCUUUGGAGGCUGGGGACUACUAGACACACACCAGGGCAAUAACACUUUCAUCCAUAAAGCCUGAUAGCUGGUUUUCCAGGGGUAAGCCACAGGAAUCAAGUGUCUUUGUCUCGCUCUCUCUCUC